AGAUGAGAGGAAUGGGAUUGGGAGACCGAUUGGGUUGGUUCGGUUUUGUCUUUCGUGUUAGGGAGGAAGCGUACUGAGAUAUGGCCGCUGAGUCAAACUCUCGGAGCUGGAGGGAGUAGACGAAGAGGUUGGGUAACGGGGAAAUCUUUGUCGACGAUCGAGAUCGGAACUCGGAUGGUAUUUAGGAUCUCCAUCGGCGGCGUUCAUCGCGGAUGGAAGGCGGUCGGUAAGGGUUGGUGGCGAGGGAGGCGGGAAGGUUCGCCGGAGGAGACGGGGAGUCGUCAGGGACGACUGCUGUGUUUGUUUUGGAGAGCAUGAGGCGAGGCAAGGGCCGGAACGGGCUGCUUCCUAGUUCACUUCGUAUCAUCUCUUCUUGCCUGAAGACGGUGUCCGCAAACGCCGGCAACGUUGCUAAUAGCGUUCGAUCGGCCGGGGCCUCUGUGGCUUCCUCGAUCUCAGUGCCCCCGGAGGAUGAGAAAGACCAGGUAUUAUGGGUUGGCUUUGACAAGCUAGAGCUUGGUCCAGCUUCUUUCAAACAUGUUCUUCUACUUGGUUAUACCAAUGGCUUCCAAGUGCUUGAUGUUGAAGAUGCCUCAAAUGUCUGUGAGCUGGUAUCAAGGCGUGAUGGCCCAGUUACAUUCUUACAGAUUCAGCCCAUGCCAGCCAAGUCAGAAUGGGACGGCUUUAGAACAUCACAUCCAAUGCUGUUGACUGUUGCUGGUGAUGAAACCAAGGGCUCAGGCAUGGUUCAAGGUGGCCGCUUAAGUGCAUUGAUUCGAGAUGGUUUGAGUGAGCCUCAGCAAGGAAACUGCUUAAGCGCUCCUACUGUUGUUCGCUUUUAUUCGCUAAAAUCACACACUUAUGUGCACUUCCUCAGAUUUCGGUCUGCCGUGUACUUAGUUCGAUGCAGUCCCCGCAUUGUGGCUGUGGCUCUUGCAGCACAAAUAUAUUGCUUUGAUGCAGUUACUCUUGAGAACAAAUUCAGCGUAUUAACUUACCCAUUGCAAGGAGCAGCUGGAGUUAACAUUGGCUAUGGUCCCAUGGCUGUUGGUCCGAGGUGGUUAGCAUAUGCAUCUAAUAACCCACUUUUGUCAAAUGUGGGGCGCCUCAGUCCACAGAACCUCACUCCCUCUCCUGGUGUUAGCCCAUCAACUUCACCAGGUAGUGGUAGCUUAGUUGCUCGUUAUGCAAUGGAGUCUAGCAAGCAGUUGGCUUCUGGAAUACUUAGCAUUGGAGACAUGGGUUAUAAAACUUUGUCAAAAUACUACCAAGAGCUUGUUCCUGAUGGUUCUUGCUCCCCCUUGGCACCAAAUUCUAAUAGGAGAACUGGAAGGCUUCCACCGGCAACACAUUCUUGUGAGGCUGAUAAUGCUGGAAUGGUAAUGAUCAAGGAUUUUAUUUCUAAAGAGGUUAUUUCUCAAUUUAGAGCUCAUACGAGCCCAAUAUCUGCUCUUUGUUUUGAUCCUAGCGGAACCCUUCUAGUCACAGCUUCUGUAAAUGGGCACAACCUGAAUGUGUUCAGAAUAAUGCCCACCUGCAUGAAAAAUGCUUCAAACUCCACAUGUUAUGAUUGGUCUUCCUCACAUGUACAUCUUUACAAACUUUAUCGUGGAUUAACGCCAGCUGUCAUACAGGACAUCUGUUUUAGUCAUUAUAGUCAGUGGAUUGCAAUAGUUUCAUCUAGGGGUACAUGUCAUAUUUUCUUAAUGUCCCCAUUUGGUGGUGAUGCUAGUCUUCAACUACAGAGUCCUUACUUUGAUGGGCCAAAUCCUAUUCCUAAUCUUACAAUGCCAUGGUGGUCAAGUUUAUCUUGCAUGAUAGAGCAGCAUUUUCUUCAACCUCCACCACCUUUGACGGUUUCUGUAGUUAGUAGAAUUAAAAAUUUUAGCUCUGGAUGGCUUAAUACCGUCAGUAGUGUCACUGCAUCUGCAGCUGGGAAGAUGCCCAUACCCUCGGGUGCAAUAGCUGCUGUUUUCCACAAUUCUAUAAGCCACCCCAUCCCACCAGUUAAUGCAAACAAUUGUUCAUUGGAACAUCUUUUGGUCUACUCUCCAUCUGGUCAUUUGAUUCAACAUGAACUGCUACCAUCAUUAGGGGAAGAGUCUAGUGAUAGCAGCUCAAGAAGCGAAUCUGGUCCUCUAUUGCAGUUUCAAGAUGAGGAGUUACAUGUAAAUAUUGAAUCAGUUCAAUGGUGGGAUGUAUGUAGGAGGUCUAAUUGGCCUGAAAGGGAACAAAAUAUUCCUCAAGUUAUCUUUUAUGGUCAGAAUAAUGUAGAGACAGUUGAGAAUACGUCUGACAGCACUAUUGGCAAUAAUUCAUGUUCUGCGCCAUCUACCGAUUUUUUGACUGGAAAAAAGUCUUUAAAGACUCAUGAACGGCCCCAUUGGUACCUUUCGAAUGCAGAAGUGCAGGUUUGCUCCGGAAGGAUGCCAAUCUGGCAGAAGAAGAAAAUAUGCUUUUAUGUGAUGAUGCUAUCAAAAGCUAACGAGAACACUGCUUGUGGUUGUGAUGGUGGAGAGAUUGAAAUUGAAAAACUGGCAUUCCAUGAAGUUGAAAUAAAGCGAAAAGACUUGCUGCCUGUUUUCAAGCGCUCCCAUCUUGUUUGCGAGGAUGGUUGCGUUGGUGGCGAGAGAGAUCAGAAUUCAACAACAUAUAAUUUUGAAGGUGCCAAUGAGUUGGUCAAGGGUACCUCUACUGUUGGGUACACCAUGACACCUCCAGUCGGUCCCGUAUCAGAUGCUGCGGCUGCUGGUUCAGCAUCAUCAUGCACUGCAGACAACAUGUAUAACUUCAGUGGAGUUUGUACUGAAGAACCCGCGCCUUCUAACUCGCAAUUUGUGAGCAAGUUGCUUUGUCAAAAUAGCAAUUUUAAUAAUUUCGAUGAAACCAUAGUUUCCUCUGAAAAAAAUAAUCCUGCUGGAAAUAGAGUAAUUUACCCCAACACAGGUUUCUGCUCUUCUUAUGCUAAUUGCUCUCCAGUGGAUAUCCCCACUGUGAAAGGUAUAGCAGUUGUAAAUUCAACCAAUAGCUUAAGCAGUGGACUGUCAAAUGGUAGCACACCAGACUCAAAUAUGGAACACAUGGAAGUUUCUGCUUCUCAUAAUUCGAUCAAGUUCCCUCGAAAUUUUCAUGAAGGUUAUUGCAAUGUUUCAGAUCUCGAUGACUGCCGUGAGUUAACUGAUGCUGUCACAGAUGUGGACAGCAGCAUCAGCAGCCACUGUGAGAGAGGAAAAUCAGAGGAUGGGGACAAUAAUGAUGAGAUGCUGGGAGGAGUAUUUGUGUAUUCAGAAGGUUGACAGAAUAUUACCAGUUUGGACUUGUAUAAUAGUGGUUGAAUAUCUUAAUAUUUGAAGAAUGUUGGACGCCAAUUUCAUUUUAUAUGGGUCUUUUCAAAAUGUUUUUGGCUAUUUGGGAAUGCAGAAAUCUCACUUUAUCUGAGCGAACGGUGACUGACAAGGUGGUCAUACUCAUCAGAUGGCAGGAAACCUGAAUGUGGAUUCUGCAUCUUCAUUUUCUUCUUCUUCUUCUUCUUAUUUUGCUGGUAUAUUUUGUAGAUGUGCUUCUGUAAUUCAUAAACUCUUCAAGGGGAGUUGUUUGCUGUUCUGUUUUGCCCAGC